AUGCCGCGUUGUUUGAUCAAGUCUAUGACAAGAUACAGAAAGACCGAUAGCUCUUCUGAAGAGGCAGAAUUACCAUGGACGCCGCCGUCAUCGGUUGAUGCGAAGAGAAAACAUCAGACCAAAGAUAAUUCUACGAAAUGUAGUAAUAUAUGGACGUCUUCAAAAUUACCAAUCGUAACACGAUAUACGUUUAACAAAAAAAACACUAUGUUGUGGAAUAAAGAAUCUAAUGUAGACGAAGUAGAGUUAGGGAUGAUAAAUUUUUCCGACAUCGAAAAUACGAUAUCGUCGACUACUACGAAUGUUUCCAUGAAUACCAAUCAGGUAGUGAUUGACCCUAAUAAUAAACAAAACGUGGAGAAAGUGCAAAUACCAUUGACAUCAAAUUCCGAAAAAGUAGAGUACCCGGUAAACGUAAGUAAUAAUGAAAUCAAGGUGGCAGUAAAUUUGAAUAGGACGUUCAAUGAAACCGAGAAUCAAACGACCUCGCAAGCAUUAUAUCUUACUCCAAAUAAGAAACAGAUUGAUUCCCAAAAUCAGUAUCUGGGUGGCAAUAUGAAAACGUCGGGAGUGGAGAACCCACAAAAUUGGAAGCGAAAUAAAACUAUGCAUUAUUGUCCCUACUGCCGCAAAAGCUUCGAUCGUCCAUGGGUGUUGAAGGGUCAUCUCCGCCUACAUACUGGUGAACGACCUUUCGAGUGUCCAGUCUGCCAUAAAUCUUUUGCUGAUCGAUCAAAUUUACGUGCGCAUCAAAGGACACGGAAUCACCAUCAAUGGCAAUGGCGAUGCGGGGAAUGUUUCAAAGCAUUCUCACAAAGACGAUAUUUGGAACGACAUUGCCCGGAAGCUUGUAGAAAAUAUCGAAUAUCUCAAAGGAAGGAACAAAAUUGUAGCUAG